AUGGCUCAUCAGCCUCGCGUGCACCCGAACGCGGCGCCGGCGGGUAACCUGGAGAUGGGCGACCACGCCCACGGCGGUGUGUACCCGCCGCUGCCAGUUCACAGCCAGUCUGUGAACCAGCAGCAGCUCGGCCUCGGCGGGGGAGGGGGCGGCGGCGGCGGCGGCGGCGGCGGCCCCAACACCUGGGUGGGCAACGACGCCAACACGCUGCUGGUGGUGGCCACGCUGAUCACGACGCUCACCUACCAGCUCGGCACCAGCAUCCCGGGCGGCUACUGGCAGCAGGACACGACGGCGGCGUCGAGGGACGGCAAGCAGCAGGUGACGUACCGCGCCGGCGACCCCAUCAUGCGCGACCUGCACCGGCCAAGGUACUUGGUGUUCAUGGGCGCGAGCUGGGUGGGGUUCGCAAGCUCCAUGGUGAUGACGCUGAGCCUGCUGGUGCGGAUGCCCGUUGACUCGCGCCACGUGCGCUGGUCCUUCGUGGUGGCCUACUCGAGCCUGGUGCUCACCUUCGUGGUGUCGCAGCCCAGGACGCACCUGUCGCUGGACCUCCUCAUCUGGGCCGCCGUCCUCGUCUUCCUCUGGAUCAUCGUCAGCCUCCACCCGGACCGCCGCGCGCGCGCCAUCCAGGUUCUCUGCUGCGGUGCCCGCGAAACCUGA